AUGCCUUCAAGGGCUUCUUCUUGGUCUUCUCGAUCUAAUGAAAAGGUUGAUACCAUCGCCAAAUUGCCAAGCUUCCGAUCCGAUCAGCAGCCAAUUCCUCCAAAAGAUAACGAGCUCAAGCGGUUAUUCUUGGCUUCAGGGUCAUCCAUCGCACAGGCUGGACCUCUGGGAGCCUUGAUUGCCUACAUCAUGAUCGGAUCAAUGGUAUUCUUUCUAAUGACUUCUCUCGGUGAGAUGGCAACGCUGAUUCCUACCGCCGGCUCCUUCACCACUUAUGCUACCUGUUUUGUGGACCCAGCACUUGGAUUUGUGACAGUGGCUGCCGAGAUCGCAGCUGCAGCAUUAAUUCUUCAGUUCUGGGUCUCAUCUGACGCGCUGCCAGCCUGGGUUUGGAGCAUAAUCUUUUUGGCGUUCAUGUCCGUGCAUAUGGCGAGCGAAUACUGGUUCAGCAUUAUCAAGGUCCUCACUGUCAUCAUCUUUAUUAUUGUCGGGAUCCUGGUAGAUGCUGGAGUGGUUGGAGGGGAUAGAAUCGGAUUCCGCAACUGGACACUACCAGGUGCACCAGUGGUCAAUGGGUUUGGAGGUAUCCUCUCUGUGUUUUUGAUCGCUGGUUUCUCUUUCCAGGGGACAGAGUUGGUUGGUGUUGCAGCUGGAGAAAGCGAAAACCCACGCAAGAAUGUCCCUAAGGCCAUUAAGCAGGUUUUUGGCGCAUCACGCGUUUCUGUGAUGUCGCGCAAGACUGCUGUUGCUGUCUUCCAUCACACUUGUACUUCAAAAAGCCUUAAGCCUGCAUCCCAUAUUAUGAAUGCUGUCAUUUUGAUUACAGUCAUGUCAGCAGGCAACUCGGGUAUGCCCCCGGCUUUUUUUAGCCGAGUCAAUUCCCGUGGUAUUCCUAUGCAUGCCCUCGUCUGCACGACUGUUGUCUCAGCUUUAUGCUUUGGUGCAUCGCUCCUGGGCUCGGGAGAAGUUUACUAUUGGCUCCUCAACAUCUCUUCUGUUGCAGGAUUCAUUGCGUGGUUGGGGAUUGCACUCUCACACUUCCGUUUUCGACGUGCAUAUAUCGCACAAGGUGGUGACAUUUCGCACUUACCAUACAGGGCUGCCAUGUUUCCAUUUGGACCACUAUAUGCGUUGCUGCUGUGUAUGGUUGUAGUAUUAGGCCAGGGAUAUUCCGAGUUAACGUGCUAUAUCGGUCUCCCCUUCUUCUUGUGCAUGUACCUUGGCUACAAAAUUUACUAUAAAACCAAAGUUGUGCCCCUGAUGGAAUGUGAUUUUGGUGCUUCUAACCUAGAGAACGGAGAUAUUAAUCACCCUCAUGAGCAUUGCCAAUAA